AUGAGAAUGCAAUCUACUGUCCCACCUCCACAGAGGUCCAAUGUUAAUGUUAAGAAAUGGGGGUUGUUGGUUCUGGGUGCUCUUGCGGUUGGUACUACUAUCUACUCUGUGAGCAACGAGAAAGGUGAGCCAAAGGAGUUUUUGGAAGCUGAGAAGAGAGCUGGCAAGCAAGAGAAGCAAGCUGGGCCAGCGUUUAGCGAAGAUCAGGUGUCUGUGAUCUUUGUGUUGGGUGGUCCUGGUGCUGGUAAAGGUACACAGUGUGCCAAGCUAGUCAACGAUUACAAGUUUGUCCACUUAUCCGCUGGUGAUCUGCUUCGUGCUGAGCAAAACCGUGAAGGGUCUGAGUUCGGUGAGUUGAUUAAGCACUACAUCAAGGAGGGUCUUAUUGUGCCGCAGGAGAUUACGCUAUCUCUAUUGCAAAAGGCUAUCAAGGAGAAUUACGAGAAGAACUACACAAAAUUCUUAGUCGACGGGUUCCCAAGAAAGAUGGACCAGGCAUUGUCCUUCGAGAAACAGAUUGUGCCAAGCAAAUUUACACUGUUCUUUGAGUGCCCUGAGCAAGUCAUGUUGGAGAGACUGUUAGAGCGUGGUAAGACUUCCGGCAGAGCCGAUGACAACAUCGAGUCCAUCAAGAAGAGAUUCCGCACCUUCGAAGAGACUAGCAUGCCAGUGGUCCGUUACUUUGACUCUCAGGACAAAGUCGUCAAAGUUAGAUGCGACCACCCAGUCGAAGACGUGUACAAUCAAGUCAAGCAAGCUCUGACUGCCAAGAACAUCAAAUAG